AUGUCAGACAUAAACGAAUUCGAAUGCAUAGAGUGUGCAAAAAAGUUUAAAUUUUUAAAAAACCUAAGAGCCCAUAUAAAAGUAAAUCACCCUCUUUUAGAGUUGGAUGAAAUAGCACCAACAAAAAAACAGAAAAAUAGUGAUUUAUAUAUAUAUACUUGUGACCAAUGUACUAAGUCAUAUUGUCAUCAAAAAAAUUUGACUGAACACAAAAAAGUUGCUCAUCCAAUUUCUCCAGCAAUUGAAAUCGUAGUCCAGUGUGCCACAUUAAACAUUGAGGUACCAAACCAAGUAGAGCAAAAUUUUAUAGCUGCAUCUCUAUUAUUGGAUGUGGACCAAAAUGAAGACCUACCCCAAUAUAAUUAA